ACAAAACCACAGCAGUUGAAAGGUAUUUUAUGGGAAUGGAACAGAAUCAAGAUGUAAACAAUUUGUUUCAUCCAAAUGUUUUUCGCUAGAUGGAGCAUAUCUAAAAAAACAGAGAUGGUUAUGGACAGCUGAGGAGCAUCCCCUUGUCAAAGCGGAAUAAGAGAAAGGAUGAGUGUGAAGAAGACUUGCUUUUAGCGGACAAUGGUAGGAAGCAAUGCAACGUUUAAGAUUCUGUGAAACAUGAAAACUGAGUUUGCUCAAAAAGUGGAUUUAACACAGGGAUAAAGACAAGACAAUUACAAGCAACAGACUUAAGCAUGAAGAUAAGGACGAGAUAAGGACUGCUGUUGGGAUGUUUGGACAGCUGGACAUGGCAUGUAUUUUCUAGCUAGAGAGAACAACAGAUAGGUAAACAGAAGUUUUAUUCAUACCUACAGAACUACCGCAAUUACAAUACAAUGAUGCAAAUUAAAAACCUACUUUAGGAGGAGCUGCAAAAUUUACAGAAUUCACAAGACAAAUAUAUGAUUCAAAACACUAUGGCUUUACCGAUUUAUGGUUGAAUGACAACAGAUAUUUGCAAACUAGCAAAUAAACCAGCUUUGAGCUAUGUUAAAUGACAUCAAACGACAGCAUAACUCAAAUAAAUAAACUCGGACAGACGGACUUUAGAACUAAACUUUCACAGCCUAUGAGGCAUCAACUGGAAAGAAAAUAGGAACCACCCAAAGCUGACUUGAAUUGCCUUGGGGAGGAAAAGGCUGCAUCCAUGACCGGUGGGAGAUGCAGGAUGGAUCCUCACACCACGGAAAAGGUGGACCAAAUCCUCUCCGAGUUUCUCUUGACUAAAGAAGAAUUAAAAGAUGUGAUGAGGAGAAUGCAGCGAGAGAUGGACAGAGGGCUGCGUUUGGAGACCCACGAUGAGGCCAGCGUUAAAAUGCUACCCACUUACGUCCGCUCUACACCCGAAGGCUCUGAGGUGGGAGACUUCCUGGCACUGGACUUGGGCGGCACCAACUUCCGUGUGAUGCUGGUCAAAGUGGGUGAAGAUGAGGAGAGAGGCUGGAAGGUGGAGACAAAGCAUCACAUGUACUCCAUCCCCGAGGACGCCAUGACCGGAACUGCAGAAAUGCUUUUUGACUACAUCGCUGAGUGCAUAUCCGACUUCUUGGACAAGCACCACAUCAAACAUAAGAAGCUUCCUCUGGGUUUCACCUUCUCUUUUCCAGUCCGCCAUGAGGACCUAGAUAAGGGAAUUCUGCUCAACUGGACAAAAGGGUUCAAGGCCUCUGGAGCUGAAGGCAAUAAUGUCGUUGGCCUGCUCAGAGACGCCAUCAAAAGGAGAGGGGACUUUGAAAUGGACGUGGUUGCCAUGGUGAAUGAUACAGUGGCCACUAUGAUCUCCUGUUACUAUGAGGACCGGAGUUGUGAGGUUGGCAUGAUAGUAGGAACGGGGUGUAAUGCGUGUUAUAUGGAGGAGAUGCAUACAGUGGAGCUGGUGGAAGGGGACGAGGGGCGUAUGUGUGUGAAUACGGAGUGGGGUGCGUUUGGAGAAAACGGGGAGCUGGAGGACUUCCGCCUGGAAUAUGACCGAGUGGUGGAUGAGUCAUCGCUCAACCCGGGACACCAGCUCUAUGAGAAGCUCAUUGGUGGGAAGUAUAUGGGGGAGCUGGUGCGGCUGGUGUUGAUGAAGCUUGUGAACGAAGGCCUGCUCUUCAAUGGCGAAGCUUCAGACAUGCUGAGGACACGGGGCAGCUUUGAGACCCGCUUCGUCUCCCAGAUCGAAAGUGACACAGGGGACAGGAAGCAGAUCUAUAACAUCCUGAGCUCUCUGGGCGUCCUGCCAUCUGAGCUAGACUGCGAUAUCGUGCAUCUGGCCUGUGAGAGCGUGUCCACACGUGCUGCUCACAUGUGUGCGGCCGGGCUGGCCGGGGUCAUCAAUCUGAUGAGGGAGCGCCGCUACCAGGAUGAGCUGAAGAUAACUGUGGGAGUGGAUGGCUCUGUCUACAAGCUCCACCCACGUUUCAAGGAGCGUUUCCACAAGGUUGUCCGGGAGCUGACCCCAUACUGCGAGAUCUCCUUCAUCCAGUCUGAGGAAGGCAGCGGCCGAGGAGCUGCUCUUAUCUCUGCGGUGGCCUGCAAGAAGGCCGCCUGCUUGAUAACGCCGUGAGAGAAAAUGCUGUGAGAUGCCCCAAACACUAGAUGGCUCUCCAGGCUCACUGCUAACCUGCAAGGAUGAGGAUGCUCACCUGGAGGGGCCCUGUUAAGCCUCCCUUCGCACAGAACUGUGCAUUUCUCCAGAACGGAGCUUUGCUAUGUGGAACACAUGGCUUUUGCCACACUUUUGGCGCUUAAGUGUUCACCGCACUAUCCAUGCCAUUGUACAUGCUUGAAGUCCAAAAUGUCACUUACGCAGGCUAAAGUUUCAGAAGCUGUGAAUAGGCUAUACUUUCCACGCAACAGUUGUUACCAAUUACGUACAUGUACAUAUCUUAAAUAGCAAUAUGAUUUUCUUUGGAGAAAAAUCUCAUCAUGGACAAUGUAGAUGUAGUUUUGUGUAUCACACCCUGUCUUUAUUGUAUUGUGGUGACUCAUACUGUCUUAAUAGGUUGGAGAAGGAGGAUUGGUGGCACUGGCAACAGGCAAAAGUGUAGCUGACACUUGUAAAGGGUCUAUUACUGAUUUGUUGCUUAUUUUAUUUAUUAUAUUUGAAAGUGUGUUUGUAUCCUGUGGUAGCCUUAACUUAAUUUAAAUGUUAUAUAGCAGGAAUAACUAUACUUGUACAAUGCUUAAUUUCUGUAAAUAAAGUUGCUGUACUUUAAA